AUGCAUCAGGCCAGCAGGCUAUCUAAGGCGCCACCCAGCCUGGCCAGCGAGCUGACCUUCAGCGGCACGGCGCAGCGAGGAGUGCCUGUGGUGUCUCUCAAUGUGGCGAUGGCGGCGCAGCCCGGCGGCGGCAAGGCAGCCGUGCGCUGCGGCUGCCGCGGCGCCUGCACCCGGAACUGCAGCUGCAAGAAGAAUGGGGCUGAUACCGACGCCUUGCUGUUGACCGAGGACCUGAAAGCCGACACCAUUUUGCAGCACCACGGCUUUGCCGGCGACCUGCGCUCGGCGGCGGCGGCAGCGGCGGCGGCACGAGGCGAGGCCCUGGCGCGGCGUGCCUCUCCCGUGCUCGCCUACGUCACUCCCUGGCACGGCCGGGGAUACGACUUGGCCAAGGCCCACCGGUGCAAGCUGGACUACGUCGUUCCCGUCUGGUACCAGCUGCGCAGCGCCGGCGGCAUGCUGCAGCUGACGGGCGGACACGACGUGGAUGCCGGCUGGGUGGCGGCGGUGCGCCAGCCCUGCGGCGAUGGCAGCCAGGCCCAUGCCGCCAGGGUGCUGCCCCGUGUCAUGUCCGAGGUGGCCGGCCGGGACGUGGUGGAGGCGCUGCGGCAGCCGCAGGCGGUGACGGGCAUGCUGGCGCGGGAGGCGGAGCGCCAUGGCUUUGACGGCUGGGUGCUUGAGGGGUGGUCGCAUUGGGCAGCCAUGGGCGUGACGCAGCACCCCGAGCUGCGGCAGGCCGCGCUGGGCCUGCUGCGCCAGGUGGCGGCCGCGCUGGCGCCAGGCGGGCGCCGCCUUGUGCUGGCCGUGGCGCCGCUGGUCCCCGCGCCGGGCCGCCCUCCGCAGCUGGCCGCCAGGGAUGUUGAGGAGCUGCUGCCGCUGGUGGAUGCCCUGUCAGGCAAGCCUGCUUGA